CUGGGGCCGAGGCGCUCGCGGCGCGGACAGCCGAGGCGGCUGGCGGCGAGCACCGGGCCCGACCCCUGCCCCGGCCGGGGCUGCCCCGGAGCCAUGAGCCCCGGGCUGCUGCUGCUCGGCGGCGCCGUCCUGCUCGCCGUCGGCCUCUGCUGCACCUUCGUGCACCGCGCUCGCAGCCGCUACGAGCACAUCCCGGGGCCGCCGCGGCCCAGUUUCCUUCUAGGACACCUCCCCUACUUCUGGAGAAAGGAUGAGGCUGGUGGUCGCAUCCUCCAAGAUAUGUUUUUGGAUUGGGCUAAGAAGUAUGGGCCUGUUGUGCGGGUCAACGUCUUCCACAAAACCUCAGUCAUCAUUACGAGCCCCGAGUCGGUCAAGAGAUUCCUGAUGUCUACCAAGUACAACAAGGACUCCAAGAUGUACCGUGCCAUCCAGACUGUGUUUGGAGAGAGACUCUUUGGCCAGGGCUUGGUGUCGGAGUGCAACUACGAGCGCUGGCACAAGCAGCGGCGAGUCAUUGAGCUGGCCUUCAGCCGCAGCUCCCUGCUCAGCCUGAUGGAGACGUUCAACGAGAAGGCCGAGCAGCUGGUGCAGAUCCUGGAGGCCAAGGCCGACGGACAGACCCCCGUGUCCAUGCAGGACAUGCUGACCUGUGCCACCAUUGACAUCCUGGCCAAGGCAGCUUUCGGGAUGGAGACCAGCAUGCUGCUGGGUGCCCAGAAGCCGCUCUCGCAGGCGGUGAGAGUGAUGCUGGAGGGGAUCAGUGCGUCCCGCAACACGCUGGCCAAGUUUCUGCCAGGAAAGAGGAAGCAGCUGCGUGAGAUCCGUGAGAGCAUCCGCUUGCUGCGCCAGGUGGGCAAGGAGUGGGUGCAGCGCCGCCAGGAAGCCCUGCAGAGAGGGGAGAAGGUUCCUGCUGACAUCCUCACGCAGAUCCUCAAGGCCGAGGAGGGGGCCCAGGAUGACCAGGUGCUGCUGGACAACUUCGUCACCUUCUUCAUUGCUGGCCACGAGACCUCUGCCAACCACCUGGCGUUCACAGUGCUGGAGCUGUCUCGCCAGCCAGAGAUCGUGGCCAGGCUGCAGGCCGAGGUGGAUGAGGUCAUUGGCUCUAAGAAGCACCUGGACUGCGAGGACCUGGGGAGACUGCAGUACCUGUCCCAGGUUCUCAAGGAGUCGCUGCGGCUGUACCCACCUGCGUGGGGCACCUUCCGCCUGCUGGAGGAGGAGACACUGAUCGAUGGUGUUAGAGUCCCUGGCAACACCCCACUCCUGUUCAGCACCUAUGUCAUGGGGCGGAUGGACACGUACUUUGAGGAUCCGCUGACCUUCAACCCUGAUCGCUUCAGCCCUGGCGCACCCAAGCCACGCUUCACCUACUUCCCCUUCUCCCUGGGCCACCGCUCCUGCAUCGGGCAGCAGUUUGCUCAGAUGGAGGUGAAGGUGGUGAUGGCCAAGCUGUUGCAGAGACUCGAGUUCCGGUUGGUGCCCGGGCAGCGCUUCGGGCUGCAGGAGCAGGCCACGCUCAAGCCGCUGGACCCCGUACUCUGCACCCUGAGGCCCCGGCACUGGCAGCCCACGCCCCCACCCCCGCCCUGCUGAGGGCCUGCGGGCUGGAGCGGCCUCCUCUGCUGCCCGCCGCCCGCCACGCUGGCGUCCCUGCCAGCCUCUGCCAGCUGCCUGCUUCCAGUCCCCAGUGCUCCCUGCCGCUUGCUGAACCCUUGGUCCUCCCUGGACCGGCUGCCUGUCCUGCCUGUCGUCGUCUGUCCUGCCUCCCGCCCCUGCAUAGACCUUGCCGCUGAAGCUCUUCCCUUCAGGAAG